CUCUUCGAAGCUCACAGUCUCUGGCUAACUUGGAGCAUCAUCUGAUCCAGUAGCCCUGGAUUCUACUGCCACCGGUUGUGUCCCGAAAUUGAACCGUGUCCAGCCGAUUGAAAUGCCCGCGCCCUUAAAACCGGCCCCAACCGCAGCACCCAGCACCGAAAUCAACAAGCUCAUCGAUGAUGUGUUUGUCACCUCCGGAGCUGCCAUCAACUGUGGUGCGUUGCGCCGAUUGCUUCAGCAACUCACGGCCCUCAUUCAGCCCGGCGCUGGCGGAGGUCCGUGCCGCUGCUGCUGUUCGGCCAGCCGUGUAACGAUCGAUGGACGGUCGUUGAAAAAAUCCACCAGCAAAACUGGGAAACUGUCCGCCCGGUCCAGCACUUCCAAAACCAAGGCGGGAGCAAAGGGUGGAAAGGAUGCCGAUAAGGAGCAUGAAAUCAUCCUUCAGAAGCUGCAGGCCGUGCAAACGAUGCUGAAAGUGAUGCAGCAAAAAAUUGCGAAAAUCGAAACGCGCCUACCAAAAUCACAAUCGAACGUUUCGCUGGGCAAGGGUGGUGGACGGCGGGGACAAAACUCGAAAGCGUCCAGCUUACGGAUUGGGGGUGGUCGUGGUGGUAUGGGAGGAAGUGCAGUUGCUAGGAAACAUUGCUGUGUGUCCGGUAGGCCACCGUCGGUCGUGGUUGUGGGACCAUCGAAUCUGAAAGCCUCGACGAGGUUCUGCUAGCGGAAUGCUCAGGUUCUCAGUUGGCGGUGAAGCAAUUUAGCUCACCGGAUAAACAUUCCCCAGUCUAGUAUGCUCUGAUCGUGGAGCUACGAGUUUGGCACUUUGUUUUCGAUUGACUUUGGCUGUGUAUGUGCUUCUUGUGGAAUUAAAAAUUAAUAAGUGUAA